UUGGUCGGUAGUGACGUAUGCGAGGAAGAUGGCGGCGCGCGGAAAGAAACGUGUGGCAGAGAAAUCAUCGGAAAUCAAGUCGAAAAGAGCGAAAUUAAAGCAAAAUAGAUCAUCACAAGCAGUAAAGAACGCAAAGCAAGUAACAUUUCCAGCGGAGGGUACAGAAAAGACAGAAAGUUGUGAACAGAGCAACAUUAUCAGCGUCCCCCCGCCCGUCAGCGCGGGUAAAUGGAAAAACAAGGAGCGAGUUUUGGUCUUUUCCUCUCGUGGCAUCAACUUCAGAACGAGACAUCUAAUGAAGGAUUUAAAAACCUUGAUGCCUCACAGCAAAGCUGACACCAAAAUGGACAGAAAAGACAAACUCUUUGUGGUUAAUGAGGUGUGCGAAAUCAAAAACUGUAACAAGUGCAUCUUUUUUGAGGCAAAGAAGAAGCAGGAUCUUUACAUGUGGAUCUCAAAUGCUCCUCAUGGGCCGUCCGCCAAGUUUCUUGUUCAAAACGUUCACACUCUCGCUGAGCUGAAAAUGACAGGCAACUGUUUGAAAGGCUCCAGACCGCUGCUGUCGUUUGACCCUAAAUUUGACAAGGAGCCGGAAUAUACCCUGCUGAAGGAGCUUUUCACUCAGAUCUUCUCGACACCUCAGUAUCACCCGAAGAGUCAGCCGUUUGUGGAUCACGUGUUCACUUUCACUAUCGCAGACAACAGAAUCUGGUUCAGAAACUAUCAGAUCAUUGAAGAAGAUGCAUCUCUUGUGGAGAUUGGCCCUCGUUUUGUCCUGAACCCCAUAAAAAUCUUUCAGGGGAGUUUUGGGGGACCUACGCUCUAUGAAAACCCUCAUUUCCAAUCGCCUAACAUGCAUCGGCGAGAGAUUCGACUGGCGAUGGCUGCCAAACAAAAGGAGAAACUGUUGGUGAAGGAGGUUCGCAAGGAGAAGCAGAAAGAGGAACAAGAAGUGAUGAUGCCGGACGUCACCGAUGACGUGUUUGUGACUCCAGCCGAGCAGAAACCGCUUCACGUUGAUCGAGAGGCUCCAGAACGCCAGAUGACCAAGAAAAAGCUCAAACUGACCGAGCUGAAGAAGAAAAUACGAAUGAAGCGCAAAGGUCCCCGAUAAUCCGCCAGAUUUCAUGAAACAUCACUUUUAUAAACUUGUAUAAAUGUGAGAUCAAUGCAGGCUUGAUAAAAUCAGCCCAGUCGUUGGGCAAGUUUGUGUCUCACAUGAAUCGUUUGUACCUUUGCUGAUAACACACUGUUAAUAAAAGCUUUUUAUUAAUGUCAAAA